AUGGAGCCGGCCCGGGAGCCCCCCGCGCGGGCCCGGCCGCCGCCGCCGCCCCCCGGCCCGCGCCCCGCGCCCGCCCCCGCCGCCCCCAGGCCGCGCUCGCCCGCCGAGGCCGAGGGCCGUGGCCCGGAGGGGCUGCUGCGGCGAUCGGGCUCGGGCUACGAGGGCAGCACCAGCUGGAAGGCGGCCUUGGAGGACACCACCACGCGUCUCCUGCUGGGGGCCAUCGCUGUCCUGCUGUUCGCCAUCCUGGUGGUGAUGAGCAUCUUGGCAUCCAAGGGCUGUAUCAAGUGUGAAGCCCCCUGUCCGGAGGACUGGCUGCUGUAUGGAAGGAAGUGCUACUUCUUUUCUGAGGAACAGAGAGACUGGAACACGGGCAGGCAGUACUGCCACAGCCACGAGGCCGCACUGGCUGUGAUUCAGAGCCAGAAGGAGCUGGAAUUUAUGUUCAAGUUCACACGGAGGGAGCCCUGGAUUGGACUGCGCAGAGUUGGGGACGAAUUCCACUGGGUCAAUGGGGACCCAUUUGAUCCAGACACAUUCACCGUCUCAGGCCCGGGGGAGUGUGUCUUCGUGGAGCCCACCAGGCUGGUGUCCACGGAGUGUCUGAUGACCCGGCCCUGGGUGUGCAGCAAGAUGGCCUACACGUGA